AGUGCAGUGGGACACAGGCCCCAUCGAUUCAACACAACUGCAUACAUAAGCAUUUACUAAUAAUAAAGCUCUGUUUGUAUGUCAUUUUCAUGGAGUACUACCGCUAACACAUAUGGAGUGUCAAGAGGAAAAGCCGAUAAUCUACACUAUGGAAAACAAGCCGAUUGUGACAUGUGCUGGAGACCAGAGCUUGUUUACAUCUCUGUAUACCUCAUUGGCCCAACAACUUCCCAGGGAGCCAAUGGAGUGGAGGAGGACGUAUGGCCGUGCACCAAAAAUGAUUCACCUCGAAGCUAAUUUUGUACAGUUUAAAGAGGAGCUCCUCCCCAAGGAGGGCAACAAGGCUCUCCUCACCUUCCCCUUCCUUCAUAUCUACUGGACUGACUGCUGUGAUACAGAGGUGUAUAAGAGCUUGGUGAAGGAGGACAUGUUGCGAUGGCAGAACAGCUUGAGAGCUCACGGCUCAGCAGACUGGGUAAUCAUUGUCGUGGAGACCAACGAUAAUAAGAAGAAGAACAAGACCAACAUCCUGCCUCGGUCAUCCAUCGUGGACAAGAUCCGCAGCGAUUUUUGCAACAAACAGAAUGACAGGUGUGUGGUUCUCUCGGAUCCUCUGAAGGACUCCUCUCGGUCUCAGGAAUCUUGGAAUUCCUUGCUGCUCAAGCUGCGAACUCUCCUCCUCAUGUCCUUCACCAAGAACCUGGGUCGCUUUGAAGACGACAUGCGCACGCUCCGAGAGAAACGCACCCAGCCCGGCUGGAGCUUCUGUGAAUACUUCAUGGUCCAGGAGGAGCUGGCCUUUGUUUUUGAGAUGCUGCAGCAGUUUGAAGAUGCCUUGGUCCAGUAUGAUGAACUAGAUGCUCUUUUUACCCAAUAUGUCCUUAACUUCGGAGCUGGAGAUACGGCGAACUGGCUCGGCUCAUUCUGCCCGGUGCGUAGCUGGAGCGGCUUGUUGCUACGGCGGCCCAUUGACAUGGAGAAGAGGGAUGGGAUCCAACGUGGGGAAGCCAGCCUGUUAGAUCUGAGGAGCUACCUGUUCUCCCGCCAGUGCACCUUGCUCAUCUUCCUCCAGAGGCCCUGGGAGGUCACCCAGAGAGCCCUGGAGCUGCUGCACAACUGUGUCCAAGAACUACGUCUGCUGGAGGUGUCGGUGCUGGAGGGGGCGCUUGACUGCUGGGUGUUCCUCAGCUGCUUGGAGGUUCUGCACAGGAUCGAGGGCUGUUGUGACCAGGCCCAGUUAGCUGCAAACUGCUCCCAUACUGUUGGACUGUGGGCUUACGCAACUGACAAGCUGAAGUCCCUGGGGGAACUCUGUGGCCUGGUGUCAGAGAAGGAACCCACAUCUGAGGACCUGAACAGGACUGUGGAUCUGCUGGCCGGACUGGGGGAUGAGAGGCCUGAGACUGUCAACAGUUUGCAGAGCCCGUACAAAAAGCUGAAAGAAGCCUUGUCGUCCGUGGAAGCUUUUGAAAGGCACUAUCUCGAACUCUCUCAUGCUGCUAUGGAGAUGUACAGGGCCAUUGGCCGGCUGAGGUCUGCCAGACUGGUUGGAAAGAGCCUGGCUGAGUUCUACAUGAGGAAGGCGGACCCUGAGCGAGCAGAAACCUUCUUACAGGAAGCUCUGAAGUCAUACGUAUCAGAGGGAUGGAGCCUCCCUGUCACUCACACCAGGAAACAGAUUGCUGCGUGUCAGAAACUGCUGGGCAGAACUGAAGACUACCUGCAGACCAGUGCCUUGUUGGCUGGUGAUGUUAACCUUACCACGGAGGAGAGGAAGCACUUUUGUCAGGAAAUUCUGACCUUUGCCGGCAAGUCUGGAGAUCAGUCUCAGAAAGUGACUCUCAGCAUGGGUGUUUUCACUCAGCUCACACGGCUUCAGUUCCGUCCAGCCACAGCCUCGGUGCACUCUGGAGCCGUCCUGCAGGUGGAGCUCACUCUGCGAUGUUUGAUGCCCGUAUCAGUGCACAUACAGCAACUAGCUGCUAGCAUUCACUUCGACCUGGAGCGCGGAGGGACUAAUGGAAGGUCUAAGGGAACUCAGAGACAAACAAACCCAGGGACGGUAGAGUUUCAUCAGAGUAACUCGUCAGCGGGUCCCCCCUCCUCCUCAGCUGCUGGUCCGCCUUUAGAACUGGAUGAGAUUCAGGACAGGAGUCCUUCGGACAAUUCUCUCAACUCCACAGGAGUGGUGUGUAAAAACACUCAUCUGGUCAUGCGCCGUCAUGACAGCCACUCGCCGCCGGACACGCCCAACUGUGUCAGCCCUCCUGCUGUUGCCAUGAAAGAAGGAGCACAGAUGCUGAAAGUGCAGGAUGUAACGUUAGAGCCCGGGAAUAACAGCAUCAUAUUCACAGCACCAAGUGGACAACCAGGUACUUACACGUUGCGUCAGCUGUAUGCCACAGUGGGUCAGGUGCAGUUUGUGCUGCCUCAUAUCUACCCGUCAGUCCAGUAUGAAGUCUAUUCUCAGGAGCCCCAACUCACUGUGGAGCCUCUUUCAGAGCCACUGUUGGCAGGUCUGCCUCAGAUGGUGAAGUUCACUCUGUUGACGGGUCACUACACUGUGAAGAAAGGAGACGCUCUGCAGCUCAGCAACACAGACACCAUGCCCAUCCUGCCCUCCAGCAGCUGCACCGCCCGUAUCAGCAACCCUGCUGCUGAGUUGGUGGGUGAAAGCGUCCUGUCCAUUCAGUCGUCUGAGAAGGUGACUAGCAUCAGCCUGCCCCCCACCCCUCCUUACCACACUCUGGAGUUCCACCUGGAGGUUCUCUGUCUCAUCCCGUCUGGGGACGAACGUCCCGCCAACGAAAGGCUGACCAACGGCGAGGUCCGCCACCGACCACGCAGCUACAGUCACCCUGACACGCCCAUGACCGCCAUCGACCAGAGGAUGUCUAUCGACUGUCCGUGGUCGAUCUACUCCACGCUGCUUGCCCUCACCUUCUACAUCCCCUUCAAGACCAAACACUCACUGCUUUCUGCUGGUAACAGGAAGUACAUCCAGGUAUGUGUGCAGAAUGUGUCAGAUGUGAACUUCACGCUGGCAGAAGUGAAGCUGACAGAGAAGCAGCACGCAACACUGGAGCUGCAGUCCCUCAACACUAAAACACAACAGCUUUUGUGCAGUAAGCACAGUGUGUUCUGCUUGUGGGAGGUGAGGUGGAAGGAUGACCUGCCCUCCUGUCUCCAGUGUGUUUUCUCUGCCGACUUCUCUCCUCUCAACCAAGACAUUUCUGCCUUCAAACCCUUCCACUACCAGUUUCAAUUCGAGAGAGUCACUACGUUGUACAGUGUGAGAGCGGAUAUCUUGCCUCCUGCUGGUGAGCAGCACUGUCGCUCUGGUUUGCUGUGCGGGCUGGAGGUGUGUAUAACACGACUGACUGAACCUGCAGAGGGAGAACUGGCAGAGGACAGCAAGACUGACACUGAUGGUCUCAAAACCACCAAACUCAUGUAUGAAGUGGCUGACAGCAGCAGUAACUGGGCGGUGUGUGGGAAGAGUUCAGGGAUGGUGUCGAUGCCUAUGGCGGCCAGCGCCACCCACAAGGUGCAGAUCGAGGUGAUGCCUCUGUUUGCAGGACACCUGCCCUUCCCCAAGAUCAAAGUGCUGAAGUACCUGCCUCACACUGCAGCAGUGGCCAUCCAACCAGACCCUGACAGCUGCGUGGAGAACGACAGUCUGUCCCUGCUGGACAAGGCACUGGACGACCAGGGGGACACGGCGAGCAUCCGCAGUCGGGGCAGCGUGCACUCUGUGGGCAGUGGCGACCAGCAGCAGAAGGGUGUGGCCAUGCCACGUCUGGAGCCCUUCAGCCCCGGACAGGUGUUCAACCACAGCUACACGCAGCAGGUCCUGGUGCUUCCCGCCACCGACGACCACAUCAUGGAAGUCAACGCUACAUGACCCUGGUGGCGAGACCACCCGCCCCCUUCUUAUAGAACUGAACCCAGGCCCUGGACGGACUCUGCUGAGCUUUUGCUCCGGGGCAAAUCGGGUCCAUGAGUCCAUGUUGGAGACCGCUGCAGGUUGCCGGUAUGGACUCACCCCUAAGCAUGAAACGUUCACAUCACUGGAGACAUUAUGGACUAGACACAGUGACGAGCCAAUGACAUCUGCUGAAAAUUGAAAUAAAGAUUUUUCUUUGCCAUACUUUGUACAUAGCUCAUUGGAUGGAUUUAUAGUUAUAAAUAUAUAAAUAUAUAUAUGGACCGAUCGAUCAGAUCGGCGCCUGUCGUGCUCCUUCGAACUGAAGAAUAACAGUCCUGAUUGUCCCAUGAUGCACCAAAGCCCUACAUGUGUGUACGCCUCGAUCAGCUACUCAAGUACUGUAACUUUGACUGAGUGUGUCCCGCUGUAAGUGCUUCUCCCGAGCCCCUCCCGUCAUCACUUUUACAUUUGAGACUUUUGCCUUGACGAUUACGUUUAAGUUGCCGAAAUUAGCUGCUAUUUUUUUUUCUCUCAAGUCAAAGUGAGGCAGGUUAACAAACUUGAAUGCAUCUUUGGAGACAUAUUCAUAAUCCUCACAGACGGCCAGUCUAUAGAAAUAUAACUGCAGUUUAGAAAAUAGACAAUACACUAUUUCCUGUAGUGAGGUUUUAUUUUGAUAAAUCAUUGGAAUAUCAUCAUCUAUCUCAUCCAUCAGAGUUUUGGGAAAACAUUUAUUUGAAGUAAUUUGAGGUGAAAUAUUCAUUACUAUACUACGUACUUUAUUCUAAAUAUCAGUUUUAUUACAAGUUUACAGCUAAGAGAAUAGUUUUUGCGCCUGCUGGAUAGAAAAGUCUUGGAUUAUGGAUAUAUAUCUUCAAAAAAAUGCUGUGAUAUUUAUGAAAUCUAUGUUUUUUUAACAAAAACAGUGACAUUAUUUUCUGACUCAAAUGCAAAAAUCGGCAAAACAAAUCUCAAAUAUAAAAGUGUGGAUGACACGAGGAGCUCAGGCUGAGUCCAGCGGUGUGUGUUGUGUGUUGUGUGUAUCUGUUCAGCUGUGGUUCUGUGUAUGUGCGAGGGUCUACGUGGACGUGUCUCUACGAGUGUGUGUGUGUGUGUGUGUGUGUGUGUGUGUGUGCGUGUGCGAGAGCGUGUGUGAGAGAUCAGGUGAGACUUUUAAACAAGGAUGUGCACAUUAUUGUCUAUCUAUUGUCUUACCUACCAGUGGAUUGUUCAUAUACAGUGUGUGUAUAUUUAUUCUGUGUGCGCGUGGGGUGUGUGUGCGUCGCCAAAUCCGUGUCCGAGCUAUGCACACAUACCGUUAGGUGUUGAAUAGAUGAAUGAAAUAAGUCAUUACUUGAUUUAUUCAUUCAUUUAUUUCAAAGGAUGAAUGUCAGCUACUUCUGCCCCCCUCCCCACUCCCUGCCUACUCUCCCCCUGCCCCGGCGCACACACACAGAGUAACUACAGCCUCCUGCUCUUCUUUGACCACUGUACAUACUGAUCUGUAAAUAAUGAUUCAAAUCAAAAUCAUCUUUGAUUGCCAACUAUAUUAAAAAAUCAUUGGAACUGA